AUGGAGGAGGACACGUUGGACUCUCUGUCGCCGGACGCCGGUUUAGUUCAAGCCCCGCUUGGUGCGACCGUGUUGGGGUGUGAUCAACGGCGCACUCGCGACGCAUCCCACCACGCUCGUCAAACAUCUGAGGACAAGUCGCCUGCAGAAAUCUCCGAAUUGCAAACAAUCGUGCGGGAUGUUCGGAGCCACCUUGCAGGUCGUCCAGGCCUACGGUCGCGAUAUCGUCUUAACGCACAGGACUUCGGCCGACUCCGUAAGUAUCUAGAAAAAGUGUGGGAAAAUCUACGAUACGACUACUUUGUCGACACUCGAGAAUUCAUCCUCCGAAUGAUUUCCUACAGGCAUGAGUUUGUCCAACAACAGUUGAUGGGACUCCUUCACAGUAGACUCAUGCAGCUAUGUUCUCGACAUCAAGUUCAAUGUCCAUUCUCAAUACUUGGAGCCGCGGUCGUCGAAGACGGACAGGGCAGCACGCUCGCGCCUGAUAAUCAGAUGAGAUGCACCUCCAAGAAACACCCGCCCCUCGUUUUGGAGGUCGGCUACUCACAGUCGAUGGACAGCUUGGACAACAAGGCCUGGCGGUAUAUUCGGGCUGGAAGGGGGCGAAUUCGCUGCGUUGUUUCUUUGAAGCUUCAUAGGAAUUCGCAGGCGGUUGACCUCACGCUUGCGACCCCCAAAUUCACCACCAGCGCCCAAUCAACACUUUUGGAAACUGAAAUAACUUCGCAAGAGAUUCGAAAUGCAAAGGGACAGGCUGGUAGUGGUGCUGGCUUAUCAAUUCCAGUGGCCCAGAUCACACCGAUCGGAUUGUUGCCCAGCUCUGUUCGUCGCGAGACCAUCGUGAUCUCGGUUGAAGAGAUUUGCGAAAUCAUCCAAUGUGCUGAGAAUUCUGAGAGUGGCGAGGAAGAGCGUGGCGGAGAAAUAGACGACUAUGAAGGCAUUCCUACACAUUUUGACCUCGGACCUUCGCUACCUUGUCUGGCAUCAUUGAUCGAGUUGGAUCAGGGUGACGAGGAUACCAUCUCAAGCGAUGAAGAUGAGCAAGGCAAGGGAACAACAGCUGAUAUUGGCGAGUUCAAGUCGGAUCGAAGACGUUGCUCCAGCAUGCCUUAUCGAUCGCCUAUCAAGCUGCGAGCGCGAGGGGACGGCAAGCUUGUCUGA